UCCCACUCGGCGGCGGGGCGGCGGGGCCAUGCGGGCGCCCGGGACACGGCGGCCCGCGCCGCCCGCCGCCUGAGCCCCCCGAGCCGCGGAGCAGCGGCCCGAGCCCCGGAGCAGCGGCCCGAGCCCCCCGGAGCAGCGGCCCGAGCCCCGGAGCAGCGGCCCGAGCCCCCCGGAGCAGCGGCCCGAGCCCCGGAGCAGCGGCCCGAGCCCCCGAGCAGCGGCCGGAGCCGGCGGCAUGAUCCGACGGGCCGGGGCGGGCGCGCGCGGGGGCCCCGCGGGUCCUGUUCCAGGUGUUGGCAAAGAAGAGGGAGAGGAAGAGGAGGAGGAGGAUGUCAUGGGGCCUUGUCUGCCAGUCAGCCCGAAGAACUGCCUUCCCCUGCGAGGUAUUAGUGUCCUGGAGAAGCUCAUCAAAACAUGCCCGGUGUGGCUGCAACUGGGUCUGGGCCGGAUGGAGGCAGCCAGGAUCCUGCAGCAAGAGGUGGCUGGGACAUUCCUGGUCUGUCAGGAUAGCAGCUUGAAGCAUCUGGUGCUCUGUGUCCACUUCCCUUCCCCGAAUGAGAGCUCGUCCAAAGUGCUCGAAUAUGCGGUUAAAGAAGAAAAAUCAAUACUGUACCUGGAAGGCUCUGUUCUUGUGUUUGAGGACAUCUUCAGACUGAUUGCAUUCUACUGUGUCAGUAGAGAUUUGCUGCCCUUCACGCUGAGGCUGCCCCAGGCCAUCCUUGAAGCCAGCAGCUUCACAGACCUCGAGACCAUCUCCAACCUGGGCCUGGGCUUCUGGGACUCAUCGCUGAACCCCCGGCGAGGCAGUGGGAGCUCCGUGGAGCCCCCGAGGGACCCGGCACCCAGAGCACCCCCGGCCUGCGGCCUCAGGCCCACCGCCCGGUCCGGGAACUGCUCGUGUGAAAUCGAGCUGUCCGGAGGAAACGACCGCCUGUGGUUUGUGAAUCCCAUCUUCAUCGAGGACUGUGGUGGCGGCGGUGCCCUGCCUGCCGCCCCGCCGACCCCCGGAAGCUGCCCCACACGCUCGCUGCCCCCCACCUCCUGCACUACCUCACCCACCUCUAAGUGGGCCCCGCGCCGCCCGGCACCCCCUCCCCCGGCGCCCCCUCCCCCAGCCCCCCCUCUGCAGCCCAGCGGCCCCCAGCGGCCCCCUCCACCCCCAGCUCUGGUUCCCGCUUGUCCUUUGCCCAGUUCCCCCCCAGCAGCUGCUCCCCCACCUCCAGAGGCCCUUCCUCCCACACCCCCGGCAUCUGCCCCCCACCUUGCCCCCCAUGCCCCAGGCCCCCCAGACCUUCCAAGCCAAGCGCCCAUGGCAGCCUGCGAGAGGCUCUCACGGCCCCCGACAGGCCUGGGGCCCCUCAGGGAGGAAGAGAUGAAGCCUGGGCCGGCCCCCGGCCCCUUGCCGCAGCCCCCUGCCCCUCUUAUCCCCGUGAAGAACCUCCCCGCUGCACCGCCCAGACGCCGCAUCUCUGAGAAGGUCUCCCUGGAGGACCAGGCUGCUGGGAGGGUGGACAGGACGCUGCCUGCCAUGGGGGAGCAGCCGGGGCUUCCCAGGGCUCCCGUGCUCAACCCUCCUCCCCCGGGGACAUCGGAGCAAGGUCAGGAAGCGGUGGCCCGAGCUUGUGACCCGGGGAGUGUGCCAGAGCCACCGAGGAAGGUCCGGCAGCCCCCAGUCCCGCCCCCCAGGAGGAAACGGAUCUCCCGGCAGCUGGCCUCGGGCCUUCCCAGUCCUGUGGAGAGCACCGAGUCCUCCUCCGUGAAGGACGAGGCCCCCCAGAAACCCACACCGGGUGCGCCCGGGGAAGGCCGUGGCCCUGCGUCCUGUGCGAGGACUCAGAGCCCACAGGCCCAGGCCGGCAGCCGGCCCCAGAGCUCUGCAGAGUUCAAGGGCUCCCUGGCCUCCCUGUCCGACAGCCUGGGAGCGUCGGCCUUGGCCGCGGACCAGGAUUCCUACUCCACCAGCAGCACGGAGGAGGAGCCCGAGCACCUGGGCGGUGCUGGCAAGAAGAAGCCCUCCGUGAUCCUGGGCAAGGCGCGGCACCGCCUGAGCUUCGUCAGUUUCACCAACGUGUUCCACGCGUUCCUGUCCAAUGACCGUAAGCUGUACAAGAAGGUGGUGGAGCUGGCGCAGGACAAGGCCUCAUACUUCGGCAACCUGGUGCAGGACUACAAGGUGUACAGCCUGGAGAUGAUGGCACGCCAGACCUCCAGCACGGAGAUGCUGCAGGAGAUCCGCACCAUGAUGACACAACUCAAGAGCUACCUGCUGCAGAGCACCGAGCUCAAGGCCCUGGUGGACCCCGCCCUACACCCUGAAGAGGAGCUAGAGGCCAUCGUGGAGUCGGCCUUGUAUAAGUGUGUGCUGAAGCCCCUGAAGGAGGCCAUCAACACAUGCCUGCGGGAGAUCCACAGCAAGGACGGCUCCCUGCAGCAGCUCAAGGAGAACCAGCUGGUGGUCCUGGCCACCACCACCACGGACCUGGGCGUGACCACCAGCGUGCCUGAGGCGCCCGUCAUGGAGAAGAUCCUGCAGAAGUUCACCAGCAUGCACAAGGCCUACUCGCCCGAGAAGAAGAUCGCCAUCCUGCUCAAGACCUGUAAGCUCAUCUAUGACUCCAUGGCCCUCGGCAACCCAGGGAAGCCCUACGGGGCAGACGACUUCCUGCCAGUGCUUAUGUACGUGCUGGCCCGCAGCAACCUCGCGGAGAUGCUCCUCAACGUGGAGUACAUGAUGGAGCUCAUGGACCCCGCCCUACAGCUGGGGGAGGGGUCCUACUACCUGACCACCACCUACGGGGCCCUAGAGCACAUCAAGAACUAUGACAAGAUCACAGUGACCCGGCAGCUGAGCGUGGAGGUGCAAGACUCCAUCCACCGCUGGGAGCGCCGGCGCACGCUCAACAAGGCCCGGGCCUCCCGCUCCUCGGUGCAGGACUUCAUCUGCGUGUCGUACCUGGAGCCCGAGCGGCAGGCGCGGACGCUGGCGUCGCGGGCAGACACGCCGGCCGAGGCGCUGUGCGCGCAGUGCGCCGAGAAGUUCGAGGUGCCGCGGCCGCAGGACCACCGGCUCUUCGUGCUGGUGGACGGCCGCUGCUUCCGGCUGGCGGACGAGGCGCUGCCGCACCGCAUCAAGGGCUACCUGCUGCGGAGCGAGCCCAAGCGCGACUUCCACUUCGUGUACCGGCCCCUGGACGGCGGCGGGGCCGCGGGGGGGCCGCCGUGCCUCGUGGUGCGCGAGCCCAACUUCCUGUGACGCGGCCCCGCCCCGCCCCGCCCCGCGACCCCCGGGACCCCCGGGACCCCCGGGACCCCCGGGCCGCGCCCCGCACCGAGCUGAGGCCCCGCGCACCGCCGGGACCGCCGGGACCGCCGGGACCGCCGGACCGACAGCCCCUGUGCUUCGCUAGGCAGAAAGGGAGCCUGCGGCUCAGAGACAGACGGGACUGCCCCGCCCGCUGCCGCCGCCGCCCGACCUGGCCCUGCCGCCGCUCGGCCCUGCAGGCCGGUCCCCCUCCCCCGGGGCCCCCGGGACCAUCCUUCCCGAGCAGCCUCAGCCCGGCUCAGCUUCGCGGGGCCCUCGGGGUGGAGCGGGGGCGGGCACACUCCCGGCGCCUCGGGAGCAUCUCCCAGGGUGUGUGCGGGACACGAGCCCCACCCUGAGCCGGGCGGCCUCACCCCAGCACCCGCAGCCGCCCUCGCGCCGCAGGCCCUGAGCACCCAUCGCAAGCACCAGGAGGGCCGAGCACAGCCAGCCCGGCGUCUGCGGCGUCUCCGUGGACAAGCCCAGCUUCAGCCUGCCGAGAGCCGGCUCGGAGCCCUAACCCGGUGGGCACGCCCCACGGUGCGGCUGGGGGAGAACCUAAUAAACGCCCUCUUAAAAAUGGCAUCUCUCACUCCCCUUCCUGCCCAGCUCCCUCCCAGGUGGGGUCAGAGGCCACGCUCCCUGCGAACCUGAGGCCCGUCCUGUGCACAGUUGGCCACAUGCUCUCAGCCACGUAGCUCGCGCCGCCUGUCCAGGCCGCACCUCGGCCGGCUGCUGGCAGCCUCCCCACCAUUUGCGGUUCCCACAGCACCCCCACCUCGGGAUCCCACACGUCCAUGCUUCCACUACUUAUCCUGGGAAUACCAUUCCCUGUAGCCACUGUUUGGUCAGACUCCUAUUUGUCCUUCAAAGUUCGUCUCUGACUUCCUCGGCUGGCCAGGUAGUGCUUGCACACUUUCCCGCAGCCCCUGGGCUCAUCCCCUCCCAAGAGACAUCGGAUUGCAGUUGUCUCUCGAUACUUGGGCCCCAUCCCCCGGACUAUUCAUGACUGCAUCCUCUGCGUUGAUUUGAAAUACGCGUUUGUGGAGUGCCAGUUACAUGUCAGCACCGCUCUAGGGAAGCAGAGAGAACAGAACAGGGUUCAAAUGGAGCCUCGAUGUGAAGGCGAUGCACCACGCUGCAUGCCCUGAAUAAACCCCCGGGCAUCAAGCAGCUUAUUCAGCCAGCAGCUGCCGGGGCUGCGGCCUGUUAGCGGGUCCCCUGCAUCGUUUCCUUUAGUGGGCAGAGGAAGGCACGGCGGCUUGGAGCGGGCCAAGGACCCACCACAGCCCCGCACUUAAAGGGUACGUUGGUUUCGCCACAUUCUGGAGGCUGGACGUCUGUGGGGUCACUCUCCCCCCACCCAGCCUGUGGGGCUGCCUCCCAUGGCCUUGCUCCUCUGCCUGAGCACCCCAAGUCUCCGCCUACCCAGAUGCCCGGCCCACUGGAGCAGAGCCCACCGGUCUGCCCUCAGGUCACCCUAACGCCCUCUUUAAUGCCCGUCUCCAUGUGCCAUCACAUUCUGAGAUGCUAGGGAUCAGGGCUUCAUCUGAGGGACCUUGGGGGACGCGUUCAGCACAUCACAGGGGGUGACUCACCCGAGGGCACAUGCCCCUUAGAGGCCAAAGUGGGGUUUGAACUCAGGGCUGACCUACCCUAAAUCCAAGGCUGUUUUUCCUGCUGCACACGACCUCCCACGUGACCUGUGACCUGACACAGAGACGCCAGGCUUGCUAAGCUGGCCCAUGAGGCUCUGCCCUGGGCAAGGUUGCCUGAAGCAGCUGGUCACGGCAAGCACGGCAAGCACCGGUCAUGGCAACGCCAUAGGGCUGACCCGGCAGAUGGGGGUGGGGAUGGGGGGGUGAGGGGGAGCGGCCAGACUUGGCUGAACCAGCCCCACCUCUCCGCAGACCUGAGCAAGGGGUCGGGAGUCCAGUGCUGAGUGUAUGUGUGUGUGUGUCUAGGAGUGAUAGGACAGAGGCUGUCGCGUGUGACGGAGGCCUCGGUGUCCCCUCCCCAGUGUGCGUCCCCUCCCCUUGGCAGGUUGCCCCCUGAGCCAGGCUGACACUGGGUCCCGCCUGGGGCUUGCUCCUGCAGCCCCAGGGCCGACCAGUGACAGCUGCGUGCGAAGUCCUGCCCAUCAAGGGAAAAGUCUCAAACUGGCCCAACGUUGCCCAGCCCGUGACACCUUCACGUGGCCUCAGUCCACUUUGCCGCAGCUAUGAGCAGGUUCCUGCUGGGGGACCAGGGACAGGCCUGGGGGGCAGCAAGCAGAGAGCAGAGGCCUGAGGAGGAAGGAUAGGUGGGAGGGGGGGGACACACUGGGGGCAGCAGAGACGCCCCCCAGCCCCCACUCACCGGCCCAGCAGCCAUCUGGGGGGUAGACAGAGGCCAUGUCUGGACAGCGGCACACGCAGGGCGACACGCAGGGCGACACGCAGGGCGACACGGUCUCUGGCAGGCCCACGCCCCCUCCCCUUGCCCCUCCCCGUCCCAGCUCCUAAAGGUGGUUUCCGGCCCCAGUGCAGGAACCAGGCCGGCAGGCCCUGGUAGGGGAGCCUCAGGCCGUGAGAAGGUAAACCGCUGGGGAGGUGCACACAGGCGGGAGGGCGCCCACCGCACCACCUCGGGACCAGGGGGCAGAAAUCCCAUUGAGGCCCCGCUCCAGGCGGCUGCUCCUGGUGGGGGCCAGGUUACCCCCGGUUGAAGGGGCACCUGGUCCAACGGUGUGGAGGCAGCACAGGGUCCCCAGGGCGUGCGGGGGAAGUCAGACCUGGGGGGCCCUGGGCCACCCGCCUGUUUUCAGCCUUGGUGACUGGCCGGUGGCGGCAGUAGGCGGGGGCUGCUCCGGGGCUCUAGCGGGUGGACGGCGCCCUGGAGGUGGGCGUGUGCGAGCCGAGCCGGGGGCUUGAAGGGGAAGGAGCAGGCGAGAGCCAAGGGAGCAGGCCCGCGAGAGCGACAGGGACGGCUUGGCCGGCGUCGGUGCACAGCGCCCCUGAAGGGCCCGACGCUCCUCCUCAAUGGAUCAGAGGGGCCUCGCCAGGGCGAGUUCUUCCCGCCCUCCCGGGGAGAGGGCACCUCCCUCCAGGGCAGGGGGCGGGUUCCUGGCAGCCUUUCUGAAAAAAUCCAGAUCUGCCUGAGCUGGAGGCCUCUCAGUGACGCCGCAGCCCAUGUCAUGCGCCCAGGGAUCCCAGGUCUUCACCAGCACCUGAGCAGCCCUGUUAGCUUGGGGGGCGAGGGGAGGUAAGGCUGUAGGCCACCCUUGACGAGGGGGCUGCAGGUGGUGAGAACAGCCACGAGGAAGGGGCCGCACGCAGGGCCACCGGGUCGGUCGGUUGUCUCAAGGUGGCCCAAGCAGCAGGGGGUAAUGGGCCAGGCCCUGAAGAGCCCACAUGGCAGCUCAAGGAGGCUGGAAGGUCUGCACUCACACGUGGUACAGAACUGGAGGGGCCUAGGGAGGGGGCAGGGGUUGACCAAAGCCUGCCCCGGUGACCAGGGGAGAGUUCCCCCCGUUGGCAGUCCCUCAAAUUAAUGAUACAGGCCUUGAGCACCAAGCGCGAUCAGAGGGCACUGUGACCCUCAGAGGUAGAACUCGGGGAUUCAUUAGCGGUUAACCCCCCCAUGCUCAACCCACACGUGCCCUCCUCAGUGCCUGCCAUCUGUGACCUGUCCCCAACCCGGCCCCUCCGGCGACCCCCAGUGUUUCCUAGAGUUCAGCGUCUCUUACGGUUUGCCUCCCUCCCUGAUUUCAUCUUACUUCCCCCUCCCUGCCCCUUGGUUCCUGUUUGUUUCUUAAAUUCCACAUGAGUGAAAUCAUGUAAUCAUCUUUCUCUGACAUCGCCCUCUUGUUUCACCCACAUCAUUCCAAACUUCAUCCUUUCUGAUGGCUAAUAUACCACUGUAUAUAUACACCACAUCGUAUCCAUUCAUCUGCCGAUGGACAGACACAGUGCUCCUUCCACAAGGCUCCUUCCACAGUGUGGCUAUUGUGGACAUGGCUGCUGGAAACAUCGGGGUGCAGGUGUCCCGGCGUUUCAUUGCAUCUGAAUCUUUGGGGUAAAUCCCCAGCAGUGUAAUUGCUGGGUCGUAGGGAAGGUCUAUUUUUAACCCUUUGAGGACCCUCCACACAGUUUUCCAGAGUGGCUGCACCAGUUCACAUUCCCACCAACGGGGCAGGAGGGUUCCCCUUUCUCCACAUCCUCUCCAACAUUUGUUUCCUGUCUUGUGGGUUGUAGCCAUUGUAGGUGAGGUGGAGUCUCACUGUGGCUCUGAAUUUCCCUGCUGCUGAGGGAUGUGGGGCAUGUUCUCACGUAAAAGGCAUUACCGUUUCUGUUAAGUGGGCAAGAGUGACCGGGUGUCUAGGGAAGCACAUGCUACAAAGCCAGAGACACCGGGGGAGUGGGUGUGGGGGCAGGGGCAGGCUGUGACGGGCUGGAGCGGGAGGGGUUUCUGGGGGCUGCUAUGGUUCACCGUAGGUGGCAGCGAGCCCUGAGCCAUGGCGCCGAGGUCUGGCCGCGUGUUGCUCUGGUGUUGUUGGGGUGUUCUUCGGCUGGAAUUCACGUGGAAACUGGCGGGAUGUUGAGUAAAGCAGAUCACCCUCUGCAGUGUGUGUGGGGGGGUCCAUCCAGUCUGUUGAAGGCCCCAUAGAGCAGUGUGACCUCCCCGAGCAAGGAUUCCACUGGCAGACAGCUCUUGGACGUGAACUGUAACCACCCCCUUGGUCUCCAGUCUACAGACUUUGGACUUAACUGAGCCUCCAGUCACGUGAGUUGACUCUAAGACGAAUCUGUCCUCACACACAUGUACACAUGACGGGCUCUGUUUCUGUGAGAACCUUGACCUGACUUCUCUUUCUUGAUAAUGGUGAGAGCUACAAGGAUGUUCACCUUAAACUUCACUAAGCAAUGUACUAGUUUUGCAUGAUAUUCUGGUUUUCUGAUGAGAAGGUAUGUUGCACACAGGUGUUGAUACACAGAUGGGGGUUUUGCUGAAUAAAUGAUAUUUGGGAUUUA